AUGCAUUUCUCCAAGUCCAUCGUGCUGGCUUUCGCGGCCAGCGCUGCUGCUCAAGACGUCAGCUCCAUCGUCUCAGCAGCCACUUCACUCGCCUCCUCCUUCGCCAGCGAUGCCACUUCUGCUUUCGGGUCUGCAACCUCGGGCGCCAACUCAGCCAUCUCCUCAGCAGAAUCGUUGGCAUCCUCAUUCGGCACCAGCGUGUCGUCGGACGUCAACUCGUUGAUCUCGUCCGUUGAAUCUCAAGUCUCCUCGAUCUCGGCUUCGGCCGCAUCCGAUGUUGCCAGCCUGUCAUCAGUGGCCGCGACAGCGACAGGCUCGGCCCAAAGCAGUAUCUCAAGCCAAAUCAGCAGCAUUCUCGCCAGCGCCAGUUCCGCAGAGAACAGUGUCGUCAACAGUGCCACCUCGGCGGCUUCCUCCUACUUGACCUCAGCUUCAGGUGCGGCCAGCAGCGCUGCAUCAUCUGCAUCCUCGGCUGCAAGCGGUGCUUCCGCCUCCGCGACAAGCGACGCUGGAAAUGGUGCCAAUGGGUACACGGUGCCCGCCAUUGGAGUGUUUGGCAGCUUGUUUCUUGGUAUGGUGGCCUUUUUGUAA